CGUAAGCGUAUCCAGGCGUACCCGCGGUUCUACAUAGCUUCAGAACCCCAAACUCGAACCCCCCCCCAGGCCUACACACGACGUGCUGGCUCGAGGUAAAGGAUGCAGUUUACGCCGGGCCCUGCUCGUUCCAGUCUGGGAAGUUACCGGUUAUGCGGGCACACUUUUUCGCUGCCGUUGUUCAGUCGUGCCACAUUUGCCAAGUCGAGGAGCCUUUGAGCUCCUGGCAAGUUACCACGGCGCGCACUGUCAGGAAACCCCGACAGGGGAGGGCGCACCCCAGCGGGGGCGCGUUGACAUCGCACCCAACCGCAUGGCGACGACUGCCAUUCUCUGAGUUAAGAUUCGAGUGCCCCUGAACUUCCUCAUUAACGUUCAACGGCUUUCGGUGUAGCACUUGAGAACAUUUUGCAUAUGUGCCAGUUGCACCAAAUGACUAGAUAACUACAUACGCGCUCGCUUACCAUCCCUCUUAGAAGUAACGCGUGUUCUCGUCCAGUCGAGAGAAGGGCCUUGGACCCUAACUACGCCUGGUAUGGGUUGUGGAGCUUCUCGAGCGGAGGCACCGGCAAUCCCGGACGCCAAAGCAUCCGCAGCGGUUAACUCUGCUGCUGCUGCGGAGCGGGGGGGCCCUGCGCCAGCCGCGGCUGAGGCGGGGGCCACCGCGGAUGUGGCCUUGGCGCCCCCGCAAGAAGCGGCGAAGCCAAAGGAUGCUAUCAAAGUCAAGGCUUGGGUGGGCAACGCCGGCGACGGCACGUUGCCGUUCCCCGAGCUGAGUGAUGAGGACUUCGAGGUGCCUGUACUGAAGGACAAAUGCGACACGGCCGUGUGCAUCAGUGGCGGCGGCUUCCGCGCCUCUACCCUUGGGUUAGGCUGGCUCAGGGCUCUGAACCACUUGGGCCUGCUGAGCAAGGUCAAGUACCUGUGCACGUGCUCAGGCUCCGCUUGGCUGGGUGCGGCACUGUGUUUUGCACGCGGCACCACCACCGGCACCUUCCUGGGCCACCACUUCCCUCCGGAGAUGUGCGACCUUGACACGUUGGCGCGGGUGGGCGACAAGGGCCGCAGCUACGGCGCUGCCAUGGCCGACGCCGAGCCGCUGAUCGACUACGUGAAGGCGCAGCUGCAGGAGGCGGUGGACGGAGACGACGGCAGCAAGCGCGGCGUGCAGGAGACUCGCGCAUGGACUCGAGCCAUGGCGGCGGCCUUUCUGGCGCCCUUUGGCCUGGGCGACACAGACGCCAGCACCACCUCCAUGACCGGCACCAAGAGCGGCAUCCACUCCACCACGGCGGUGCGCGGGGCCAAGGUGGGCCGCGGCCAAGUACACCUCGCCAACCCCCAGCUGCCCUACCUCGUCAUCGCCCAGGUGCUGCUGCUGCCCAACGACCCGCAGUUGUACUACCCGUACGAGUGGACGCCGCUGUACAGCGGCUGCCCGGUGCCGUACAGCAGUACACAGCCGCGGCUGGGCGGUGGCUGGGUGGAGGCGGUGGGGUACAACGCAGUUCUGGCGGAGAAGCCGGCGCACCCCGUGGCCCCCGGCAGCGCCCUCACCGUGUCCGUGCGCCCCACCGGCCCCGCGUCCCUGGGCGAGGCCAUCGGCAUCAGUAGCGCCUACAAUUCGUACAAAUGGGCCAUGGGCAAGACGUCCAAGGGCCGCGCCGCACACAAGCUGUUGGGAUUCCACACCGGCGAUCUGUUCGACAUGCAGGAAUGGGACACAAACCAGAUGCAGCUCACAGACGGCGGCGGCUCCGACUACCACGCCAUCUACCCAGCGCUGCGCCGCCGUGUGGCGAACAUCAUCGUGCUGUCUGCGUCCAAGGCCCCGAUCGAGGAUUACGAGAAGUUCACACGUGACAUGAGGGACAUCCCCGGGCUGUUCGGCUGCUGGCCCGGCAACGACCGUGACACCAAGGGUCUGGCGGGGCCCGAGUUCAACAAGCAGCGGCAGGUGUUUGCCGAGGGAGCCGACGGCUACAAGCGGCUGUACCAGGCCCUGCUCGCAAAGUUCCAGGCCGGCGAGGCGGCCGUGCACGCCGACGAGUACGAGGUGAUGGCCAACCCUGCCAUGGGCGUGCCUGGCGGCUGGCGGGUGCGGGUGCUGUGGGUAAUCAACGAAGUGCAGAGGAAGUGGGAAGAGGCGCUGCCCGCAGACACUCGUGACAAGCUGCAUCACGACCGCACCAGCUUCGCAGCCAAGGUGGAGGAGGGGCUUAACCCGCUGGACGCAGACACGUUCCAGCAGUUCCCGCUCGUGUCCACCUUCGCCUUCAACUACCCACCCGAGCUGGUCGGCCUGAUGGCGGCGCAUGCGGCGCACAUGCUGACCAGCAACAAGGCCCUGGUUGAGGGCAUGAUGCCGGCGCCGCCUCCGAGGCAGAUGUGAGGGGCAGGUGGAAGAGAGGCCCGAAGUUGGAGGAGUCACAGGCGGGGCGGUGCCACGGCUGGAUGGCGCAGCCAGGGAUUGUGUGGGAGGUGUGGAUUGUGCGGUACCGCGACGCUACGCACUUGCGGCAAUCGGGAGUUUUUGUGCAGGAUGCAGCAGGUCGGGGCGGUGAGUGAGCGUGAUCAAGGCGGUCACAAACUCUGCAGCUAAUGGUCUACAGGCGAUGCGAUUGGAAAUUGCGCCUCAAGAGCUGUCCGAGCGAGUGGGCUAUGAGACAGAGGAAUUGCCGCAGCUGCUACGGAACCGGGAGUUGGGCAGACGCGCAGCUGUGGAAGGGGAAACUGGCGGAAACUUGCAUCAAGAUGGGAAUGCGAGUUCCAGCGUGAUGAGGACGUGUGCGAGGGCGGUCAGUGAUAUGGUGUCAGCGCAGGAAUAAGCCAUGCCAUGAUCCACUAAACUGAACUUUCCUAUGUACGGGUGGGCGCUGCCGUGGAAGGUACAACAAGGAGGAGCUGAGCGUGCGACAUGAGUGUGGUGUGGUCUUGGUGUGGUGUGUGUAGGUGGAAUUAAUGGUACCUUACAUAUUGUGCGUGCUGGUUGUGCGUGUUGUGGGCACGCACGCUGUGCGCGCGGGCAUGCGCGCCGUCCUGCACGUUGCCUGUAAUGCAUUGGGGGCUAUUGUAUCAUGUGUUUACGGGGUCGGGAUACUCAAGACGUGGCCAGUAGCGGCUCCAUGCAUGGAUGCAUGGCAGGCUCUGUGCAUGUGCGUGAUGUGUUCCUGUCAGUGACCAGACAUGAGGCCGUUGCCGGUGAAGGCACCGGCUCAGGCGACUGCGCACUUAUAACACUUAACUUGCGCCAAGGCUAACGGCUGCCUGCUUGGCUGCCCAAGAGGCAAGAGCUGCCCUCCCCCUUCCCCAAUGAUGGGCACACGCCGAGUUGCUGAUAGUGUGCUGUGACGGAUUGCCACAGUGCCACCGGGCACACAGCUGCCGCCGCCGCAAUGCCAUAGGCUUGUAACUGGCGGAUGCA